AUGGGCUCCCGCAGUAGUAGCAACGCUGGCUCGGGGGGCCGGGAUAACCAGGGGAGCUGGUCUCGAAGGGACUCGGGGAUACUGCGCAGCGAGGAAGAGGACGACGAGGAUGUGGAUCUGGCCCAGGUAUUGGCAUAUCUACUGCGCAGGUAACUCACACCCCCGCUCCACUUUUUAGUCAAAUUAGGGAUAUGAGGGGAUGCCUCUGGCAGCAGAUGCUGUUUCAGACUCGUGCAGAAUCUCAAGGCAGGAAGAGGAAGGGAAUUUGUUAUGCCUUUUCUGUCUGGUCCAUUAAUCUGGACAAAGAUAACUCAGUCCUCUCAGUAAGUGGAAUCUGCUGGCGUGGAGACUCAUGAGACCCUACUGGAAAAUCCAGUCUCAGCUGAUUUCUCACAGAGCUAGGAUUUUGAAGAUAUGUGUGUCGGGGAAUGAAUUCAUGCAUGGAUUCAAGGAGAUGGGAUGAUGAUUAAGGAUCCAGGGAGCAUAACUGAGUGUACAGACUUCCUUGACGCUUUGUUAAAAAACACAGAAGCCAAAUAGUUUGGAAGUGUGGAAAUAAGGGUCACAGUCCAGGUUUAUGUUUUACAAAUCAGCCGGGAUGCAGUCUCAGUUGUAAGGGGGUCGUACCAGAAUUUAACUGUGUAUUGCUGGAUCUCAUCAUGUGCCAUGGCUGCUUUUCUAAGAGUAGAGGGGUUUUUGUAUUUUCUUGUGCAGAAGUUGUUCAGGGCCAUACUUCUUCGUAUGCUCAUGACGUUAAAAUUCUCAGUUGUCUACCUAUUGUGCAGGAUGAGAUAUCCAAAGUUUUGACGCAUAACAUAAUAGUUUUAGAAAUUUAUUCAAGAAAAGUGAAGGUUUCCUCAUCUGUGGCUUCUUUAUCCCUGUUUCUGAUGUCACCUUAGGUAGGCCACUAAACACUUUGGAAUACUUUAAAAAUAUUCAUAGCCAACUCUACACUAAAUAUUCUGGUUGGCUUUGGCCAGCUAUGCAUAUACAAAAGAGAUUCCUGAUACUGUUUUGAUAGCAAGUUUUUUGCGUGGUUAAGACAAAAAGAGAUUGUGAAGUGCUCCAAAACUAUCCCUCUAAAAUAGGUGAAUGAAUGGGCAGUAAAAUUCACUGCACACAAGUAUAAGUGUGCAAUUCAGUGCACACAAGUAUAAGUGAUUCACGUUGGGGCAAAAAAUCACAUCUUCACAUAUACAGUUAGGAAGUUUGAGCUUCCGGUGACUAUCCAGGAGACAGUGGGUCGUAGUGGAUAGUUUGGUGAAAACGUUGGCCCAGAGUGUGACUGCUGUGAAAAAGGCGAUUGCAUGUUAGGGAUUGUUUGGAAAGGAAUUGAAAAUAAGGCUGCCAAUAUCUGUAAUGACCACUCUUAGAAUUCUGUGUACAGUUCGCUCACCUCAGAAAGGAUACUGUAGAGCUGGAAAAGCUUCAGAAAGGGGCAAGUAAAGUGAUUCUGGAGUUGGAGCAAUUCACCUAUGAGGAAAAGUUGCAACACUUGGGGUUUUUUAGUUUAGAAGGAAGAAAAGCAAGUAAGCAAGCUGGGGACGUGAUAGAUGUGUAUACAAUUAUGUAUGGUGUGAUGAAUAAUACUACAAUCCAGAGGCAUCCAAUGAACUGAAUGUCAGAAGAUUCAGGGCAAACAACUUCUUCACGAUUAUGUAAUUCUGUCCCACAAGAGGCGGUGCUGGUCACCAAUUUGUGUGGCUUUAAAUGAAUUCGAGGCUGUUAAUGGCCACUAGCCUAAAGCCUGUGUUGUAGUACUACUUUGGGAGGCCUUGUGCCUCUGAAUACCAGUUGCUGGAAACCGCAGGAGGUGAGGAUGCUGUUGGGCUCAAGUUCUGCUUGUGGGUUUCCCAUUGGGGCAUCUGGUUGGCCAUUGUAAGAACAGGAUGCUGGACUAGAUGGGCCUUUGGUGUGAUCCAACAGGGCACUUCUUAUGUGCUCAUGCCACCCUUGUUUCCUGAACUUUUCAGCCUUUGGAUUGGUUUUGGAUCCUGUCAGUCUACUCAAGAUUGACCCUGUCAUUGGAUAUUGAUGUAGGAGCCUUAGACAGCAGGAUAUACUCUCCAUAGUUUAUGUUAAAAAUUUGCAUCUCUAUUCCCAUCUCUCUUAGUUGGUGCACCCCUAAGCUGAUCCUGAGCUGGGUAGGUGUCAGUUGAAAUCAUUCCUUGGCUGUUGUAUUAAAACUUCAAAAGCUGCUUAGUGGGCACCUUCAGAGAACAGGAAACAAAAAAAUUGGGAGCUGCCUCUCUCCAUUCCCUCUCUGUGAGUUGUGAUGUGGGGAGGGGCAAAAUGGAUUUGUAAUUCCUAAAACUUCCAAUUUCUCUCUCCAGAGGACAAUUUCACUUGAUGCAGGGCGGGGGAGCAGCCAGUGUCCGUCUGGUCCAGACACUCUCGGACUCGGACGACGACAAUGACAGUGCCUGGGAAGGGCGACUUGGAAAUCACUACAAACCUCCAGGUACUGGCCGGUAACUUGUUUUAACGUAAGAGAGUCUGAGGAAAAUGUGAGGGUGCCAUCUGAGUUUAUCGGGCAACAGGGCAAUUGGGAGUCUUGUUCUCAACCUGUCCGAUCUUCCUCUCUUUCUUUUACUUGCAGUGGAUUUGACGCCAGACACUCACGACCUGGAGUGCAACGAGAUCAAAACACACAUCCAGUUGGCAACAGGCAGGCUGGGCUCGGGACAGACUGAGCAUAGCAUCCCUCGACUGCUUUGCAAGGUGCCUGUUCGCUUCUUGGGGAUGCCAAUAUUAGGCUAGGAAAACAAGAGGUUCUCGUAGCUUAAAGACGCAGAAAUCCACUUGAGGGUGGGGCUGUCUGGAGAGCAGAUCUUUCAGUGUAUGAAAACUGCAAGCAGAGCCUUGUUGAAUUACUUACUCCUUUUCUUUUCCUUCCUUCCUUCCUUCCACCGCAGAGGGAGCGCGGCCUCUGCCACAACAGCAGCUUCUCUCGUGGGGAAUGCUCCCGAGUGGCGUCACAGUGAGUAUUUGGAAGAGAAGGCCUGGUGAGGUGGGUGAGAUAAUGAUUUUAGGGGAAGAACCCUUUAAUAACUCAGACUUUGCUCUUCUUCCAGCUUUCUCCCCAACCACUUGUCCUUCACCGAUUCCUACUCCCAGAAGGCGUUCUGUGGGAUUUAUUCCCGUGAUGGAAAGCUUUUUAUGUCUGCUUGUCAAGGUACUUCAUAACACAUCAUAGUAUUUGGCUUUUUUGUUUUUGUUUUGCUUUUCUGUUUUGUUGUAUCAACGCAUACUGUAUUAUAGUCAUAUACAGGAUAAUAAGAAGGAAAAAUAACAUAAAUGUAAGACAUAUGUAGGGACACGGGUGGCGCUGUGGGUAAAACCUCAGCGCCUAGGACUUGCCGAUCGCAUGGUCGGCGGUUCGAAUCCCCGCGGCGGGGCGCACUCCCGUCGUUCGGUCCCAGCGCCUGCCAACCUAGCAGGCAAUUCGAAAGCACCCCCGGGUGCAAGUAGAUAAAUAGGGACCGCUUACUAGCGGGAAGGUAAACGGCGUUCUGUGUGCUGCGCUGGCUCGCCAGAUGCAGCUUGUCAUGCUGGCCACAUGACCCGGAAGUGUCUGCGGACAGCGCUGGCUCCCGGCCUCUAGAGUGAGAUGAGCGCACAACCCUAGAGUCUGUCAAGACUGGCCCGUACGGGCAGGGGUACCUUUACCUUUACCUUUUUAAGACAUAUGUAAAUUAAUAUUACUGUAGUAGUUGGUUUUUAAACAAUCCCUGCAUCAGAUCUGCUUCCAUCCUUGGCACUGAGGGCAUCCUGGAAUUCUCUUGUCUUGAAAUUUCCUGUAGCACAAGUGAUUGUGGCGUUUUGGGUACCAAGUGUCCUAGAAUGCUGUCCUUCUGACCAGGAAUGCUUUCUCUGCAUUUGGGGAAACAGACAAGUGGCAUUGUGGGUGGGCCCUGCUGCAAAACCUCUCAGUCCUCCGUAAGAUCCUGUGGAGCUUCUAAUCCCCAGAUACCCAAGCGUAGCGUGAUUUAUUUAUUCAUGCAAAAACACCAUUGCUGCUUAGUUGGUAUUGCUGUUCCAAGGAAGAAGGAAAAAAAUCCUCUUAUCCCAUUGGAAAGGACAGUGUCGAAUGUCCUAGUAGUUGGGUCCUUCAGAUGGGUUGAUCUGGAUGAUUUGCAUUUUUACAGGGGUGCCCUCCCAUCUCUUACUAAUCCCAGAUUCCCGUUGCCAAGAUCAAAGGCUUAAAAGGCUGCGUUCUGUUUUCCAACAGCAGCUGUAGCUCAACAAAGAAAGUCUUGCAAGGCAUGAAUGGGGAAAGUGUGUCCCUUCCACCACUUUGGGUUGGACUACAACUCCCAUCAUCCCUGAGCAGACACCAUGCUGGCUGCUGCUGGGAGUUGAAGUCCUGGGGGGUUCCACAGGUUUCCCAUCCCUGAUGCAAGCCUAACACCUUGGUGUUUUUGCCUCUGUGUUAAAAGUCCUAGUAGAUGAGGACGCAUUGACACAUGGUACAAUUAGUACACUUGCCUCUUUCUCUGUUCCUUUCCCCACGCUUCCAAACCACCCCCACCCCCAACUUCAGAUCAGACAAUCCGCUUAUAUGACUGCACUUACGGAGGCUUCCGGAAGUUCCGGAGCAUCAAAGCCCGGGACGUAGGCUGGAGUGUCCUGGAUGUUGCCUUCACUCCCGACGGUGCCCAUUUCCUCUACUCCAGCUGGUCAGAUUACAGUGAGUGGGGUUGGCAUCUGGGAAGGGUGGGGGUGUCACAUGUCAGUCCUUGACCCCACAAGAAGUGUUAACUGAUGCCCUUGACCUUCCCUCCCCCUCUCCUUACAGUUCACAUCUGCAACAUCUAUGGCGAGUGUGAUACCCACACAGCACUGGAUCUGAGGUAAGGAGGGCACCCAGCAAGCCACCCUAUUUGACUAAAGAGACUCCUGGAGUGGUUUCUAACUCUCUCCUCCUUUCCACAGGCCUGACGAGCGUCGCUUUGCCGUCUUUUCCCUCGCAGUCUCCUCCGAUGGAAGGGAGGUGCUUGGCGGGUACGUUAGCCUUUUGCCCAGUCCCUUUACCCCCAAUGCAUAGCACUGGUUAACAUUUUAUCCAGGGGUGUGGAACCUUUCUUUUUAAAUAAAAACCUGCAGGGGUCCGCAUUCCUUUCUGGACAACCUUCCAAGGGCCACUUGCCAUCUGCAGAUGGGGUUAGAGGCAAACAGCAACGAAGCGGCAACAAUGUUUCCUUUGUACAGCAGGCUACUUAAAUUCCAACAUCCCACAUUCAAGAAGACAUUCCAGUCAGGAGCAAAGCCCUUUGGUGGUGGUGGGGAAUCAGUGCCAUGAGGAGUGGCUUUCUGAGGGCCAGAUAGAGAGUCCAGGGGCCACAUUUGGCCGUUGUGCCUGAAGUUCCCUACCCGUGACUUUGUCUAAGGCGACACCUGGACUUGGCCUAGGCAGACAAGAUUUGGGUUCUUCUAAAACACAGAUCUUCUGCCCUCUCUCCCAUCCCUUAUUUAUUUCUGCUGUUUACGUACCAUUUAAUUGGCAAAGUUUCUAAGCGGUGUCCAGGAAAAAAAUAUUUAAAAGCAUAUAGUGGGUAAAAUAAAUUAAAAGUAAUUGUAAAAAAAACCCUCAGGAAACUUCUUGAAAAUUCCUCCCGAAUUAGAAACAUCUCUGUCAUGUGCCUGAAGCUUAGCAGGGAGGAGAGGGCUGUCUGAUACUGGUCUUUUUGGCCAAGAGGAUUCUGGGCAUGCUGUGCCAUGUGGCUCUCAUUCCAUGUGGCCCCUGUGGAGCGAUAGGCAAGGUGGUGAAGCCCCUCCCAUCAGCCUGGCUGGGGCCAGCUGCCCCCCCCUUCCCUGUUGGUGCCCAAAGGAAGCAACACGGACCCAAGUUGUGCAGUGUUUCAUUUUGUAAGCAGCCUUGGGGGCUUUUUAAAAGGUGAAAGUCAGGGUGGAAAUACUCCAAUUCAAGGGCGAAGUGUUGGAAAUGCUUCCGAGGCAUGCCUUUCUCCUGUCAAGGUGCUGCCUUAGGGUCCAUUGACCAGUGUGGCUUCAGUGUCUUUUCCCACCCCUCCUUCCUUGUGUUUAUGUCUGUUCUUCCACCCACUCCGUUUUGGUUUUAAACCUAGGGCCAACUAUGGCUGUGUCUACGUGUACGACAUGGAGCAGAAUAAGCGGACGCUCAAGGUACUUACGUUUUGGACCCUGCCACUCCUCUGCUGGGCCUCUCUGUUCCGUGUCUCUGGCCUCACCCACUUCCUGUUCCUCUCCCCCUGGGUUUUAGAAAGUGUGGCUGGUAUGUGUGUGUGUGUUCUGUGCGCAUACACAGACACACACACAACCUUGUUUCCUUUCCGGCCCUUUCAAGAUUUCUCUCUGCAAAUGAAAGAAAAGCCAAAGAUGGUGAAAUUAGAAGCAAUUUCAUAGUCAUAAUCAUAGCAAUAAUUGCCCAAUGACUUGAAUGAACUUAAAUGAUAAAGAUGAAUAUCAAGUCUAUAUUUAUCCUUGAGCAAACCUGACAAUAUCUCCUCUCUGUGAAUAUGUGAUGUCCCUUUUUCAUUUCCACUCUAGUCCUUAGCCUAUCGUUUCAGCCACUGAUUCAUUGCAGCUCCUUUUGUUGCUAGCAAUAGUCAUUUAGAUACUGUUGGAAGGUUCCGGGCCGUUUCGUAGCACAUGGGACAGUGGCGGUUCCUUCCACGGUAUCCCGACGCGGAUAAAAGAUUGAGGGGAGCAGUAAAGCAUAGCAUCAGUCCAGCUGUCUGGAUUUUUUCCACCCCAAAGCCAUAGGGUGGGGAUCCCUGGGAUGUUGUAGAUCAGACCUUCCAAGCUGGAACUCUCCAGACAUUUUGGACUACAAUUUCCACCAGUCCCCUCCCCCAACACGUAGUUGUAGUUCGAAAUAUCUGGCGGACCCUAGCUUGGGGAAGAAUGUUCUAGAUGUCUUUCCUUGAGCGUCCCACUGCCCAUUCUGCCUCACCCCCUUCCCCAUUUCUCUGUAGCGUGCCGUGCUUCUCCAAGGUGGGCUGUGCUUGUGUGUGUCAGCGUGUGAUUCUGCUGCAUCGCCAUUGAGAAUGGUUGCCUUGGUCAAUCACAUUCCGUGGAUGCAGAAAUGCACUAAAUCAGGGGUGACCAACUCCAAAGAGACUGCAAUCUACUCACAGAGUUAAAGACUAGCAGUGAUCUACCCACUUUUGUGGAGUUCAAGUCAAAGUUGUUGAGCGUUUUUUAGGAAGGAGGAAGGCCCGGUUUUUAGGGGUUUGAAGUUGUUGGGGGGAGCCAGUGAUCUACCACGGGACGCGGGUGGCGCUGUGGGUUAAACCACAGAGCCUAGGGCUUGCCGAUCAUUAGGUCCAGUUGUGACCGACUCUGGGGUUGCGGUGCUCAUCUUGUUUUCCUGGCCGAGGGAGCCGGCGUACAGCUUCCGGGUCAUGUGGCCAGCAUGACUAAGCUGCUUCUGGCGAACCAGAGCAGUGCACGGAAAUGCUGUUUACCUUCCCGCUGGAGCGGUACCUAUUUAUCUACUUGCACUUUGAGGUGCUUUUGAACUGCUAGUUUGGCAGGAGCAGGGACCGAGCAAUGGGUGCUCACCCCGUUGCGCGGAUUCGAAACGCGGACCUUCUGAUCGGCAAGUCCUGGGCUCUGUGGUUUAACCCACAGUACCACCCUCGUCCCACUCCUAGCUCUCCCAUGGAAAAUCCUGCUCCUCCCUCUUGCGCUGAGUCCUCUGCCUUCCUCCAGAUCGAGUCCCACGAAGACGACGUGAAUGCCGUGGCCUUUGCCGACACCAGUUCCCACAUCUUGUUCUCCGGGGGGGACGAUGCCAUCUGCAAAGUGUGGGACCGGCGCACCAUGAGAGAGGACGACCCCCGGCCUGUGGGCAUCCUGGCUGGCCAUCAAGAUGGCAUCACCUUCAUAGACAGCAAAGUAAGGCAUCCUUUUCUCUCUCUAUCAUCGCAGAGGGCAGGAGGUGGAGUCUGAUGGGGUUGGAAAGCUUAUAUAGGCAAACAACCUUGAAACUCCUCCCCCCCCCCAAAAAAAAGCUGCUUCGGGAUCUCAUUCGCAACGUGUUCUGUGUGAUCUGCUUGUUUUUAUUAAUUUUAUUUAUUAGAUUUAUUUACCACCCUUCAUCAAAAGAUCUCGAGGCAGUUCACAAGAUGAAAAUACAAGAUAAAAACAAAAAUAGUUAAAACACGAAUAACAAGAAAAUAGCCCCUACUCCCGCAAACUCAUUUAAAAGGCUGUAGAAUAUUAAUCAGCCAAAGGCCUGGUUAUUGUUUUUAUUAUUUAUUUAUUUAUUUAUUUAUUUAUUUACCUACCGCCCUAUACCUGGGGGUCUCAGGGUGGUUCACAGAAUAAAGUCAAGAUAUAAAACCACAAAAUGCAUAAUAAAAAUAAAAACAACAACCCAAUAGCCCUCCCCCCAAAAAAACACAUUUUAAAAGGGCAUAGGAUAUAAAUCGGAUCAACCAAAGGUCUGGUUAAAAAUGAAUGUUUUUGCCUGGCGCCUAAUAGUGUAUAAUGAAGGCACCAGGCAAACUUCCCUGGGGAGAGCAUUCCACAGAUGGGGAGCCACUGCAGAGAAGGCCUGUUCCUGUGUUGCCACCCUCCAAACCUCUCGAGGAGGAGGCACACGAAGGAGGGCCUCAGAAGAUGAUCUCAGGGUCUGGGUAGGUUCAUGUGGAAAGAGGCGGUCCUUGAGGUAUUGUGGUCCUGAGCCGUUUAAGGCUUUAUAGGUAAAAACCAGCACUUUAUAUUGGGCCCAGAAGCUAAUUGGUGUUGAUACUGUCUGAAAGAAAGAUCCACAUGGUUCACCUCCACCUAAGCCCACAGCAGUCCAAGUGAAAACACAGUAGCACCUAUAUAUUUGGCCAUGCAUUCCUUUAAUAUCAUUUAUACAGGAUUCCCAUGUUGGGGAGAGGCUAAAAGAGCUAAAUUAAGUUUCCUUUAGAGAGAGAGUCUUCUGCUGUGGGACAUCUGUACUACAGAUAUAGUCCUUGGGGACUAUAGAGUGUGAAAUAUUCCUUUAAACUCUUGUUCCCCACUCCUCCUUCUCCCAGGGGGACGCCCGAUACCUCAUCUCAAACUCCAAGGACCAGACGAUAAAGCUCUGGGACAUGCGGAAGUUCUCAGGCCGCGAAGGGCUGGAAGCCUCCCGCCAAGCCGUCACUCAGCAGAACUGGGAUUAUCGCUGGCAGCAGGUGCCCAAAAAAGGUGAGUCUUAGAGGAUGGGGAAGGAGCGGGGACCCUCAAGCAUUGGAGAGGCAGGUCUUACUCUCCUCUAACCCUUACUCUCUCCUCUCCUUCCUCCCUCUGCCAGCGCGGCGGAAGUCAAAGCUUCCAGGUGACACCUCCCUCAUGACGUACCGCGGCCACGGAGUGCUCCACACGCUGAUCCGUUGCCGUUUUUCGCCGCUUCAUAGUACCGGACAACAGUACAUCUACAGUGGCUGCUCCACGGGGAAGGUGGUGGGUGAGUGGACUCGGGAUGUGGGUGGCAGGGAUCGGCCAGGGCAGUGCCAUGCUGGGCAGCAGUCAGAGGGGUUAAGCUUUGCCUUUUUGAAGGAGUGCGGCGUUUUGCUUGGGUGCAGGAUUCGAUCUCUUGCUGGCGGGUGGGGGAGAAAUCUCUUAAGAUGCACAUCCGCAUGCACGUGAAUGUUGUUUGAAAGUCCCUUCCCUUUUGGUAUGGAGGACUCAAGGGAGAGGAUGAAAGCAAAGAGAGGUCAGGCUGUGUCAAUAUGCUUGGGCGGUGAGUUGGAUAAUAAACCCAAGGGGAGGGAAAACACAGCAGAAAUAAAUGGUUGGCACAUGAAGAAGCUGCCCAAAGUGGCUGGGGCAACCCAGUCGGAUGGGUGGGGUAAAAAUAAAUAAAUUGUUGUUGUUAAGAAGCUGCUGCUGCAGCAGCAGCCUUUGGUCCAUGAGCCAAAUUUGCCCUGGCUAGGGUUAGUUUGACCUGUGAGACCAUUUCCACCUCCCAGCCACGACCACCCAAUCCACAUGUGGCUUCAUACAGUGCUAGGUGUGGGACAGGUAAAACUGCAAAUGCAAAGGAACAGUUGGCAGACUUGACAGGGGUUUCAAUCUGAUCUGUGCAGAGAGGAAAGAAAUUCCUUUGCAGACCAUCGUCAGUCUGGUCUGCAAAGGGAAACUCUUCACUUGUUCUCAUGGAGAUGUCUAGUUCCCCACCACCUGUUUCCUAGAGGGAUCUUGGAAGCCUCUCAUUGUUCUGACUAUAUGCCAUGCUGCCCCUUAAAUUUUCACUCAGUCUCACCCCCGUGUGUGAACUUGAAGACUUGCAAGCUCCAUGGGGCAGGGACCUAAAUGGCACUAUAAAAAUAAUCAAUAAUACAAAGUGUGGGCAGGUCCAAUGCUGACAUCUAAUGGGACACAGGUGGCGCUGUGGGUUAAACCACAGAGCCUAGGGGUUCGAAUCCCUGCGACGGGGUGAGCUCCCGUUGCGCGGUCCCAGCUCCUGCCAACCUAGCAGUUCGAAAGCACGUCAAAGUGCAAGUAGAUCAAUAGGUACCGCUCUGGCGGGAAGGUAAACGGCGUUUCCGUGCGCUGCUGUGGUUCGCCAGAAGCGGCUUAGUCAUGCUGGACACAUGACCCGGAAGCUGUACGCCAGCUCCCUUGGCCAAUAAAGCGAGAUGAACGCCGCAACCCCAGAGUCAGUCACGACUGGACGUAAUGGUCAGGGGUCCUAAGGGAUAAAUAGUGGUAUCUGGAGCAUCAAUUCUUGCUGCAAGAGAGGAUAGAUAGCCCUUCUGAUACUUCCCCACUGCCAUGGGAGGAGUGGGUGUCGUGGGGCCGGUGUGUUGCCAACGCUUCUCUGUGCUACCCUGUGCUCCUUUCCCUUCCUCCAGUAUAUGACCUCCUGAGCGGCCUGAUCGUGACAAAACUGACCAAUCACAAUGCUUGUGUCCGUGAUGUCUGCUGGCACCCCCACGAGGAGAAGAUUGUCAGCAGCUCGGCAAGUACUGGGAGCGAGGGAGUGGUGGGGUGAGGUGCUUGUGUGGUUAAGAUGAAUUGUUGGUGCUUCUUUCCUCUCGCCCAGGAACUUGUGUGUCUUCCCUGCCAGUAAGGUUGUGAUGGCAAGGAUGAAAUUCUUCUCCUUCUCUGCCCUUUUCUGUGGUUGUUGCUGCUCAUCUUUUCCUUCUCAACAAACCCAUCUGGGAGCGCCACUUGGCUACAGAGGGGCCCCCUCCCUUGCAGUUUGAGGCGUGGUGGGUGAACCCAAAGGAGAAGGGGGUCUUCUGACUGGGGUGCCCAGACUGAAGAACAACACACCCAGAAAGCGUGCUUGAUCAAUUUCAGUGGCUGGCGAAUACUCACUUUAUUCUAGCAAGCUUUAAUCAGCCUCUGGUGUGUUAACCGUGGCUUUUUCCCAUCCUGCUAUUGGGUUAUAUUUAUGAUUUUGCAUUUUAUGAAUUGUAGUUGUGAGCCGCCUUGAGAACCCUUAGAAGAGAGAUGUUGAAAUAAGUACAGUGGUACCUCGGGUUACAUACGCUGCAGGUUACAGACUCCGCUAACCCAGAAAUAGUACCUCAGGUUAAGAACUUUGCUUCAGGAUGAGAACAGAAAUCGUGCUGCGGUGGCACGGCAGCAGCGGGAGGCCCCAUUGGCUAAAGUGGUGCUUCAGGUUAAGAACGGACCUCCGGAACAAAUUAAGUACUUAACCAGAGGUACCACUGUAAUGGCAAAGUGUAGCAUUUACAGUCUGCUGGGUCGUAGGCAAACACGUUGGCGUUCACAUGUGGGAGGAGCUGCCAUCUUCCCUGCCCUCCCCGCCCCCACCCAGCAUUUAAUGACAUGGUGCAAAAUGUGUUUGCUGCCCAUUGUUUUUGAAACUGGUUUGGGACCCAAAAUAACAGCAUUCCCUUUGAAAAAUAAGUAAGUAACUAAACCCAGGAAACCAAACAAAAGCCAAUAGCCAGAGCAAAAUGUCAACCAGCCUUUCCCAACUUGAUGCCUUCCAAAUGUUUUGGACUUCAACUCCUAUCAGCGCCAGCCAGCCAGCCUGGCUGCAAGACGUUUGGGAUGGGGAGAGCUGUAACCCCAAACAUCUGGAAGGUACCAGAAGGGGAAGGCCUCUCUUACGCUGUUUCCGUACCUGCCAGCCCAUGCCGCCGUAAUCUCAAUUGGGGAAUAAGCAGCAACCUCUGCGGAGAUUGCCCAGGUGAAUUUUAUGUUGGCAGUGCAGCUGCCCUGCAUUGGCACAGCGAUCUAGUGCAAAUAAAGUAUAGCGAGAUAAGAGAGCACUUAAAGCAGGGUCUGUUCAGCUGAACUUGGAUUGCAAGGUGGGUUCCUGUUUGGGGGCAAGAGCCCUUGUGACGUAUCUGGACUGCAAGACCGAGAGUUUUGCAGAUGAAAUUCAGCCCCUCAAUUUGGGCUGGGAGAAAGAUGUUCAGUAGAGGAACUGGUUGGUUGUACAGUGGUACCUCGGGUUACAUACGCUUCAGGUUACAGACUCCACUAACCCAGAAAUAGUACCUCGGGUUAAGAACUUUGCUUCAGGAUGAGAACAGAAAUCGUGCUCCGACGGUGUGGCGGCAGCAGGAGGUCCCAUUAGCUAAAGUGGUGCUUCAGGUUAAGAACGGAUCUCUGGAACGAAUUAAGUACUUAACCCGAGGUACCACUGUAUUUGGGUUUCAGGAUCAGGCAAUUCUAUAGGCUGUAGCCUAGGUUAGUUUGGAUUUGUCUUAUCAGAAAUAAAAACCUCUUUUUUUUAAUUAAUAAAUGUUGAUUGUCGAAACCCAAUGGAUAAGCAGAACGGCAAGUAGGUAUUCCAGAUCAACCAUGCUGGAAUUAAAAAGGAAGUGGUGGCAAAGAUAACACUUUCCAAAAGCAUAUACAGUGGUACCUCAGGUUACAUACGCUUCAGGUUACAUAUGCUUCAGGUUACAGACUCCGCUAACCCAGAAAUAGUGCUUCAGGUUAAGAACUUUGCUUUAGGAUGAGAACAGAAAUCGUUCUCCGGCGGCGCGCCAGCAGCGGGAGGCCCCACUAGCUAAAGUGGUGCUUCAGGUUAAGAACAGUUUCAGGUUAAGAACGUACCUCCAGAACGAAUUAAGUACUUAACCUGAGGUACCACUGUACACCUGUCAAUGGCUUUGAGCUUUCUGUCAGGAUACAUGGGACUUGCUUAGCAAGUUAUUUUAUUUAUUUGUUCAUGCAUGCAUGCAUGCAUGCCUAGUGAAUUCCACAGCGUUUGGUACACUCAAGGAUGCUUUAGAAGCGAUGACUGUAACCGUCUUUCUCUUUUAUCGGCAGUGGGACGGGAACAUCCGGCUUUGGGAGUACCACCAGACGGAAUACGACGAAGAUCCUCGGAGGCCCCCUACCGCCCGAGCGCUGCGCCCCAGACCCUCAGGAGCUUCUGAUCAGUAG